AUGGCUAUGAGUACUGCUACUUUUUGCCCUAUUGAUGAUUGGGGGUCUCUUCAGCUUCUCAACCCACCAGAAAUGAAUAUGCUUAGCUUACCAACACAACAAAAGCUGCAGGCAGCUUCUUCGGGCAUCUUCGAUCUGCAGGACUACUACUAUAGCUUAGCUAACAGUACUAAUCCAGAAUACACCUGCAUCGAUCCAUUCUUCCAACCCUACGAAUCCUCCUCUGAAAACUUUCUCCUCCCUGAUUUUUGUUCUCCAACAGAUAACAUCAAUUUGGCCUUGCUGUCGCCGGAAACCUGUCCAACCCUAGAUGAAUAUGACUUCUCCUACCAGCCCUACCCAAAAUGCCAGAAGCUCUUCCAUGAUCAACAAGUCCAAUAUUGCAAUUCAAACUUCGUGAAUCAGCCUGAGGCCGCCAAGCUUGAUAAUAAGGUCGUUAGUGGUACUGGUACCGUGUCACCACAGAGCAUAGCUGCACGCGAGAGGAGGAGGAAGAUAACUGAGAAGACUCAGGAGCUUGGGAGGCUGAUUCCUGGUGCCACCAAGAUGAACACUGCUGAAAUGUUGCAAGCUGCUUAUAAGUAUGUCAAGUUCUUGCGGGCACAAGUUUCUGUUCUCAAACUCAUGACAGACUCUCCAAUUCAGCAGGAAAGGAAGGAAGAGCGAUUGUAUAUAAAUCAAGAGCGUCUCCAGGUUGCUGCAUCCCCAAUUAUUCAAGAGAAGCUCUACUCUGAAGAGAAGUGCUUGGUUUUGAAGGAGUUUGUUGAAGUGCUGGCAAAAGAUGAUGACAUCCAAUCCAAACCCUUUCUCAAAGACAAAGUUGCUCAGUUGCUGCAAACCAACGGCUGA